UGAACGUAUACACUGCAUAUAAGGCACUAUAAUGAUGAAUACUGCCUGCGACUGAUUUGAACACUGAGUUGGGAAUAUCUAUCAAGAUCAUCACUUUUACACUUCAUCGUUGAUCAAAUCUUGAACACGCAAAUUUUACUUAAUGUUUCUAAUAUCUAAACCCACAUAAAAAGUGUACAUUUAAGUGUGAGUGUUGAGUGUGGUCAUGUUUGUACAUGUGCAAGGUUAGGUUGCCAUGUAUAAAACGUUCGCCAUAAUUUUAUGGCAUAUUAUGCCCACUUACCGUCGCCUGUUAACAGGGGGGACAUAUGGCCAUGAUAUGCCACAUAAUCUGGCUACUGGGCAUAAAAUUUGGCAUUUCGUGGCCAUAUUAGCCUCAAUUUCCUACGAGGGUACAACUUCUUACUUUAACUUUUUUUGUAGAAUGCUUAUAGGAUUCGAGUUAGAGCCAAAGAGCCAAACUCCUAAAAUUUCAGCCCGAUCGGUCGAAAAUUGCGAUGAAAUAUCGCAUCUCACACAUUUUUCGCUUAAAAAAUUAAGUAUAAGGCACUUGCAUACCGCGGUCGUGCCUAAAAACGCGCAAGCGUUUCUUAAACCCUGGAUGGAAAAAUCGAGGGGAAUGCAGGAAACGCAAUCAAUGUUUGACGCGAUUCCGAGAAACUGCAAGGGAAUAAUCGCAGUCAGGACUCCGCCUCUGUCUCCAAAGAGAUAUCGUAAAUUUUAUCCGAACGGCGGCAUUUGGAGCAAUAGCCAUUGUUCAAGAGCAUGUACCUAAUGCAUAAGGGCACAAACAGAAAAUGUAUGUUUUCUCCAAUCAGAAAAUGGCAUUUUUCCCGUAGAAUUCCUCAUUCAUAUAAGGGAAGUUGCCGGCACCGAAGUGCAUCAACUUAAUUAUUGCGUUAAUAUUUUUAUUUGAAACUUGCCACAGCGAUAGAUAUUUAUAAAAGGAAGGGCAACUAACUCUUGAUUUUUCAUAAUUCAUUGCAUUGCCUUAGUUUCGAGUAAUUUUCUACUGAACACUCGUACUAUCGGUAAAACCUGGGUUUCGGACCCCCUUAAUAGUACAUUAUGCAACAAGAGACUAAAGUCGUGGAUUAUUUACUUUAUUCUCGCAAAAUACGGAAUAAAGUGAAUUUGCGGGAAUAAAGUAAAUUUGCGGCAAUAAAAUUUUCUGGUCCCCAAGACACGUGGAGACGUGGCGACGGGGUGGCGGCUGAGAUGCGCCCCACGGCGUCGCGCCGUAGAGUCGGGGCGGGCCGGAGCCUACAUUUAUAGGUACAGGUAUUAUAGGCUAUCUAGAGGCGGAUUUCGGACGCACAGCUCGGGGAAAGUGAAUUUUUGCGGAGAGGGAGAACGCUGCUAUAUAUACAGAGCGAAAUUUCUUAAGCAGACAGUUCGAAGUUUUCAUUCUAGAAGCAACGACUUGGCUAGUCAGAGAUAUCCUAGUGCCUGCGUUAGUUUGAAUCUGUAGUGCAUCACAGUCAAGUUUUCCUUUCGUAAAAUGGAAUCUCCACGUGCGGAAUCUUACGCAUCUUCUGACACUGGUAGGACGAGAAUGAUUGAUGCAGAAGCUCGUCACACGGAUCUCGAUGGAAAUCUCAACGAAGUUACUGCAGACUUGACAGGGCUUGUGACGAUUUGUUGCUCGGAUUGUGAUCUUGACAGUGCCAACUACGAAAAAUGCCAGGGCGAGCUAGCUCUGCAAUGUUUAGCGUGCCGAGAGAAGUUUUAUCACCGUUUUUGGGCGAUCCGGCACAUCAAUUCUUGUGCCAGCAUCAUCAAGCAGCCAAAAUACAUCUGUGAGUUGUGCGAAACGACAUUCGAACGGAUCGAUGAACUAAGAAGACACUUUCAAGACUGUGCAAGUGAUUGUUUUACAAGUCUUCAGUUGGAGAACAACAACACGAAUUCGGAGGAAGAAUUAGAUAUGUUCAAGUACUUUGCCAACUCAUCGGAGAUAUUAAGGAAAAGCGUGAGGGAAUACGGACAUGAACGUUUUUAUGCGCACUUCUGCGUGGAGUGCCGCGAACCCAUCAUCGAUGAAACAUCGGUCGACGCAGUAGACUGCGAUGAAUGUAAAGUUAGUUGCCUGCUGCAGUGCAACACGUGCAAAUGUCUACACGAGACUUACGAGUCCAUUAUUGAGCAUUUAAAGGGGAGCUAUUGCGGAUAUAAGAUGCAAUUAGCGGUGGACCCGGAUGCUCAACUUCACGAACAGGCGUGAAAAAUUAUAAGAUGCACAAAGGCUAUUGCAAACAGAAUCGACCGUCUGGAGAUGUUUCAAUGCCCAAGGAAAGUGACGCAGCUUAUCACACAUACAUCGUGCACAAUCAUGGUUUACGUUCGAAUACAUAUGUAGAACCUUAAAACGUUUUUUAAUUGUCGAGAUGAUUUAAUUUUUUACUGUACUUAUUUAUUUAUCGUAAAAUAAAAAAUUUUAACCGCUCAAUCA